AACAAAAGAGAAAAUCUUUUUUGAUUAUUAUAAUUUUUUUUUGUCUCUUGAUCUCAUCUAUACCGCCAUCCUCCAGGUUCUCUCUCCUCCGGCGUUUUUCCCGCCAUCGGAGGGGGACAACGGAGGAAGAGACAUUUCGAAACCCAUAUGCAGAAACUGGGUAUGAACGAGAAACUGGGUCGGAAUCGAGAUCAGAAUUCGAUCUAGGAGCUUUGUUCGAUCUUAUUCUCGAGACCCAAUACUCGGAAACCCUAGAAUCGAAAAUGAAAAGGGUCGUUCUUGCGGUAUAUUGAUGAAUGUUUUCCAUAGAUUCGAUACUCCAGCGCAUCGGAGAUAUCUCACUUUCCGAUGCCAUUUUCGUCCACAAGCACUCAUUUCCUUGUAUGGAUUUCAUUUCCCGUACUAGUGAUCGCAAAUUUUUCAUCUGCGUCUGUUCCUGGAACCCUCUUCUGUAACCCUCUUGAUCAACCUGCAAACGUUAGACGCCUCGCCAGCUUUUUCCGAGCAAUGGCCACUGUAACGGAUCUCAUCUCUGACGACAAGCUUUGGGUUUAUUCCUCCUCCUCCGACCAGUCUCCUUCCAUCUACUUCUUAGUACAGUGUCACGAAGACCUCUCCGUCUCUGCUUGUCGGAAUUGCUUAAACGAGAGCAAGUCAGAGCUCGAGACGAAUUGCCUUGGCUCAAACUGGGCUCGAAUCCAUCGCGAUGGCUGUUUCUUGCGGUUCGAUAACCGGGAUUUCUCGAAGGAGAACUUGGACGCGUUAUUCGAUCAAGUGAAGUGCUCAAACGCAGGGUCAAGUAUCGCAUUUAGAGAGUUUGAGAGUGAUCUAGACCAUGCCUUUGUCAAUGUAACUCUUAAGGCUGUCCGGAACGGCGGGUUUGGGGUGGCGGUGGCCAGUAGUGGUGAGGGUCACGUAGCAGUGUACGCAUUGGCUCAGUGUUGGCACACGCUCGACGAGAAUUCUUGUCGGGAUUGUUUAGUGACAGCGAGAUCGAGCAUGAUGACUUGCAAUGGCAAAGAAGAAGCUACGGCCUUUUUCACUGGCUGUUAUCUGAAGUAUUCUACACGCAGGUUCUUUGACGAAGCCGCAGAACAUAAACAUUAUGAUGGGAAAAAUGGACUAACAAGCUCAUCACCUUUCCCUGUUCUAAGCCAACCUGAGAUUAUAAAACUAACAAUCGCUGUGGUUUCAUUGUCCAUCCUUACUUGCCUUGGUGUCUUUUUGGGUUACAAGCGAUUCUCGAAGAAGAGAAAAGCUCAUAAUCCAUCAUGUUCGAAUUUCAAGUACGAGAUUCUCGAGAAGGCGACAGAGUUUUUCAGUGAUUCUAUGAAGCUAGGCCAAGGAGGGGCUGGUUCCGUGUACAAGGGAGAUCUUCCGGAUGGAAGAACUGUUGCGGUCAAGAAGCUGUUCUUCAACACACGGCAAUGGGCGGAUCAAUUCUUCAACGAAGUGAACCUGAUCAGCGGAAUCGAACACAAGAACGUUGUGAGGCUUCUUGGCUGCAGCAUCGAAGGCCCAGAGAGUCUUUUGGUGUACGAAUACGUUCCUAACAGAAGCCUCGAUCAAAUCCUCUUUGUGAAGAACACAGUCCACAUUCUGAGCUGGAAGCAAAGAUUGAAUAUCAUCACAGGAAUAGCAGAGGGGCUUGAAUAUCUUCAUGGAGGAUGCGGAGUGAAGAUCAUUCAUAGAGACAUAAAAACUGGGAAUGUUCUUCUUGAUCAAAACCUCACUCCAAAGAUAGCUGAUUUCGGACUGGCCCGUUCCGUUGGCCCUGACAAGACAUAUACUAACACCGGCAUUGCUGGAACACUGGGAUAUUUGGCUCCAGAAUACCUUAUCAAAGGCCAACUAACUGAGAAAACCGACGUUUAUGCCUUUGGAGUUCUAAUCCUCGAGAUAGCGACGGGGAAGAAAAACAGCGCCUUCACAAAAGGAGCUAACUCGGUUUUGUACUCCGUCUGGGAACAUUUCGAAGCAAACGCAUUGACUCGGUCCGUGGAUCCUCGUCUGAAGGGAAAGUUUCCCGAGGAAGAGACCUCGAAGGUUCUUCAGAUCGGGUUACUGUGUGUCCAAUCCUCGGUUGCUAUGAGGCCGUCCAUGUCGGAGAUAGUUGCGAUGUUAAAGAAUAGAGACUGUGAAUGUCCCUUUCCAAAGCAACCGCCGUUCUUGAGUUCCACUGUUCUCAUGUCUAAUGAGGACACUAGACUUUCUCAAGUUAUCAAUACAUAGGAUUUUCAAGGUUGUCUUGUUCGUUUCAUUAGAGAUCUGAGCGCUAUUUAGGGGAUUAUACUUUAAGUUAACAUUAACCCAUGGUUUUGGGGAAGAGGUGUACCUGCUAAAUAUAGUUAAAUCGAAAAUCCGGUGAAUUUCUA